UCACCUCCAAAUCCAUUCAUCACAACAAUAUCUAGCUAGCUAGUUAUCUAGCUUAAUUACUCUCGAUCGACUGCACAGGCUCAACCUAGCUAAGAGGAAAUGGGGAACAUUUUCCUGCAGCUGCUCGCCGUUGUUGCACUCUGCAUUGCACCGGCGAGGUCGGACUGGCUCCCGGGCACCGCCACGUUCUACGGCGGCGCCGACGGCUCCGGCACCAUGGGUGGUGCGUGCGGGUACGGGAACCUGUACGACCAGGGGUACGGCAUCAACAACGCAGCGCUGAGCACGCCGCUGUUCAACGACGGCGCGUCGUGCGGGCAGUGCUACCUCAUCAUCUGCGACUACAGCAAGGCGCCCGACUGGUGCAAGCUCGGCAAGGCGAUCACCGUGACGGGCACCAACUACUGUCCGCCCAACUAUGACCUCCCAUACGGCGGCUGGUGCAACGCUACCCGCCCUCACUUCGACAUGUCCCAACCUGCCUGGGAGAACAUUGGCAUCUACAACGCCGGCAUCAUCCCCAUCCUCUACCAACAGGUGAAGUGCUGGAGGUACGGGGGCGUGAGGUUCACCAUCAACGGGUUCAACUACUUCGAGCUGGUGCUGGUGACCAACAUGGCCGGGAGCGGGUCGAUCGCGAGCAUGUCGGUGAAGGGGUCAUGCACGGGGUGGAUCCAGAUGACGAGGAAUUGGGGCGCCAAUUGGCAGUGUCUCGCUGGACUGGCCGGACAGGCGCUCAGCUUCAAUGUCACCUCCACCGGCGGCCAGACCAUCGUCUUCGACGAUGCCGUGCCGGCGGGGUGGUCGUUCGGCCAAACAUUCAGCACCUACCACCAAUUCGACUACUAAGCAGGGUUCAGACGUCGACAACAUCGAGAUCGUCAUCUGAAAUCUGAAUGUCUACGAUCGAUCAUUCUUGUUUGGGAUCAUUUAUUCGAUUGUUCAGUUGGGAUCAUUCAUUGAUUUCUAACUGAUGGAUGUAAUUUGAGUUGCAAUUCAAGGAAAUCAUUAUUAAAUUAUGUGAAAUUGCUACUGAAAAUCACAUUUCAUCGGUCUGUA